AUGAGGAGCCGGAGUAACUCGGGGGUCCGGCUGGACGGCUACGCUAGGCUGGUGCAUCAGACCAUCCUGUGCCACCAGAAUCCAGUGACCGGCUUGCUUCCAGCCAGCUAUGAUCAGAAAGAUGCCUGGGUCCGGGAUAAUGUGUACAGCAUCUUGGCUGUGUGGGGUUUGGGUCUGGCCUAUCGGAAGAAUGCAGACCGCGAUGAGGAUAAGGCAAAGGCCUACGAACUGGAGCAGAGUGUAGUGAAGCUGAUGAGGGGACUGCUACACUGCAUGAUCAGACAGGUGGAUAAAGUAGAAUCCUUCAAGUAUAGUCAGAGCACCAAGGAUAGCCUCCAUGCCAAGUACAACACCAAGACGUGUGCCACUGUAGUGGGUGAUGACCAAUGGGGACACCUACAAUUGGAUGCUACCUCUGUGUACCUGCUCUUUUUAGCACAAAUGACUGCUUCAGGACUCCAUAUCAUCCACAGCCUAGAUGAAGUCAACUUCAUACAGAACCUUGUGUUUUACAUUGAAGCUGCAUAUAAAACUGCAGACUUUGGGAUAUGGGAACGUGGAGACAAGACCAACCAAGGGAUCUCAGAAUUGAAUGCCAGUUCAAUUGGAAUGGCAAAGGCAGCCCUGGAAGCAUUAGAUGAACUGGACCUCUUUGGUGUGAAAGGUGGGCCUCAAUCAGUUAUCCAUGUCUUGACUGAUGAAGUACAACAUUGCCAGUCUAUUCUGAAUUCGAUACUUCCCCGGGCUUCAACAUCCAAAGAGGUUGAUGCUAGUCUACUUUCAGUUAUUUCCUUCCCAGCCUUUGCAGUAGAGGAUAGCCAGUUGGUGGAGCUUACAAAACAGGAGAUCAUCACCAAGCUUCAGGGUCGUUAUGGUUGCUGUCGCUUUCUAAGAGAUGGAUAUAAAACUCCUAAAGAGGAUCCCAAUCGUCUGUACUAUGAACCAGCUGAGCUAAAGUUAUUUGAAAACAUUGAGUGUGAAUGGCCAUUAUUCUGGACAUACUUUAUCCUUGAUGGGGUCUUCGGUGGCAAUGCAGAACAGGUUCAAGAGUAUAGAGAGGCUCUUGAAGCAGUCCUUAUCAAGGGCAAAAAUGGAGUCCCACUUCUGCCAGAGCUGUACAGUGUUCCUCCUGACAAGGUUGAUGAAGAAUAUCAGAAUCCUCACAGCGUGGAUCGGGUCCCCAUGGGCAAGUUGCCUCACAUGUGGGGUCAGUCUCUAUACAUCUUAGGAAGCUUGAUGGCAGAGGGAUUUUUAGCUCCUGGAGAAAUUGAUCCCCUGAAUCGUAGGUUUUCUACUGUACCAAAGCCAGAUGUUGUGGUUCAAGUGUCAAUUCUAGCUGAGACAGAAGAGAUCAAGGCCAUUUUGAAGGACAAAGGAGUUGAUGUGGAGACCAUUGCUGAGGUAUACCCCAUCAGAGUCCAACCAGCUCGGAUUCUCAGCCACAUUUAUUCCAGCUUAGGAUGCAACAGUAGAAUGAAGCUCAGUGGGCGACCCUACAGACACAUGGGAGUCCUUGGAACUUCAAAACUCUAUGAUAUUCGAAAAACUAUCUUUACUUUCACUCCGCAGUUCAUAGACCAGCAACAGUUCUACCUGGCUCUGGACAACAAGAUGAUAGUGGAAAUGCUUAGAACAGACCUCUCCUACCUCUGUAGCCGUUGGAGGAUGACAGGGCAGCCCAUCAUCACCUUCCCCAUCUCACACACCAUGCUUGAUGAAGAUGGAACCAGCUUGAAUUCAACUAUCCUGGCAGCACUCCGAAAAAUGCAGGAUGGCUAUUUUGGUGGGGCAAGAGUUCAAACAGGUAAAUUGUCAGAGUUCUUGACAACUUCUUGCUGCACACACUUGAGUUUCAUGGACCCUGGGCCUGAGGGUAAGCUGUACAGUGAUGAUUAUGAUGACAGCUACAGUGAGCUGGAAUCUGGCAACUGGAUGGAUGGCUUUGAUUCAACUAGUAAUGCUCGCUGUGGUGAUGAAGUUGCUCGUUAUUUAGAUCACCUUUUGGCACACACUGCUCCCCAUCCUAAACUACCCCCUACCUCACAGAAGAGAGGGCUAGAUCGGUUCCAAGCUGCUGUGCAAACAACCCUCGACUUAAUGUCCUUGGUGACCAAGGCCAAGGAGCUGCAUGUACAGAAUGUUCACAUGUAUCUUCCUACGAAGUUAUUUCAGGCUUCCCGGCCUUCACUCAACUUACUUCACUCAUCUCAUUCUCCACAGGAGGACCAGGGUCCCUCUGUUCGUGUAGAAAUACAUCUUCCUAGAGACCAAUCUGGGGAGGUAGACUUUAAAGCACUGGUUUUACAGUUAAAGGAGAGCUCAAGCUUACAGGAGCAAGCUGAUACCCUCUACAUGCUGUAUACCAUGAAAGGACCUGACUGGGAUACUGGGUUGUAUGAUGAAAGAAGUGCUACAGUCAGAGAGCUUCUUACUGAACUAUAUGGCAAAGUUGGAGAAAUUCGACACUGGGGCCUAAUCCGAUACAUCUCUGGGAUCUUAAGGAAGAAGGUGGAGGCCCUUGAUGAGGCCUGCACAGACCUUCUCUCUCACCAGAAACAUUUGACAGUGGGACUCCCCCCAGAACCUCGAGAAAAGACCAUCUCUGCACCUCUGCCCUAUGAAGCACUCACUCAGCUGAUAGAUGAAGCCAGUGAAGGAGACAUAAGCAUGUCCAUCCUUACCCAGGAGAUAAUGGUAUAUCUAGCCAUGUAUAUGCGGACUCAGCCUGGCCUCUUUUCUGAAAUGUUUCGACUUCGAAUUGGUCUGAUCAUACAAGUUAUGGCAACAGAACUAGCCCAUUCCCUUCGAUGCUCAGCUGAGGAAGCCACAGAGGGCCUGAUGAAUCUCAGUCCUUCAGCUAUGAAGAGCCUCCUUCAUCACAUUCUCAGUGGCAAGGAGUUUGGCGUGGAGCGAAGCGUUCGCCCCACUGAUUCAAAUGUCAGCCCUGCUAUUUCUAUCCAUGAGAUUGGUGCUAUUGGAGCAACCAAAACUGAACGAACUGGGAUCAUGCAGUUAAAAAGUGAGAUAAAGCAGGUGGAAUUUCGUAGACUGUCUAUCUCAACUGAGAGUCAGUCACCUGGAACCUCUGUGACUCCAAGUAGUGGGUCCUUUGCUAGCACAUAUGGUCAACAGACAUCUGUAGAUAAUCGUCAAGGUCAGUGGCAACGCCGAAGAAGGCUGGAUGGAGCACUGAACAGGGUUCCAGUUGGAUUUUAUCAAAAAGUAUGGAAAGUUUUGCAGAAGUGUCAUGGACUUUCUGUGGAAGGUUUUGUUCUUCCUUCUUCCACCACUAGGGAGAUGACUCCAGGCGAGAUUAAAUUCUCUGUUCACGUGGAGUCUGUCCUGAAUCGUGUACCUCAGCCUGAGUAUCGUCAGCUUCUGGUUGAAGCCAUCCUUGUCCUGACCAUGCUGGCAGAUAUUGAAAUUCAUAGCAUUGGAAGCAUCAUUGCUGUGGAAAAAAUAGUGCAUAUUGCCAAUGACUUGUUCCUUCAAGAACAGAAAACCCUCGGUGCAGAUGAUAUCAUGUUGGCAAAGGAUCCUGCAUCUGGCAUCUGUACUCUCCUGUAUGACAGUGCACCCAGUGGCAGGUUUGGCACCAUGACCUACCUCUCCAAAGCAGCUGCCACCUAUGUGCAGGAGUUCCUGCCCCACAGCAUCUGUGCAAUGCAGUGAGGGCUUUGGGUCCUGGCUGCUGGAAGCCUUCUGACAGUUGGUCUCUGCCUCGGUUAAUUAUGCAUGGAACUGAAAUGUUAUUGCCUGAUCACUUCCACCCUACCCCUUUCUAUCCCAUCCCACCCAAGAAGUGAACCUUUACCUGGAGGCUCACUUCUAGUGUGCAUAUGCUCAACCAGACAUUUCAUUGUUGGCCUUAAUUCUUUCAUGGUUCAUAGCAGUUUGUCUUUUUACUCUAUAGAUCUGUUACCAGCUUAGUUUUCUAACUCCUGUUUGGUGAGCAGAUAUUAAUAAUAACUGAUUCCUAAAUUUUGGUUUUUCUUAUCUGUGGUUUUAUUGUGAGUAUGAGGGAUGGGUGCACUGGGACAUUAUUUCAAAUGAGUGAACCCUAAUAUGUUGGAUUUUAUGCCACUAUAAAUUGGAAAUAUCUAUUCUCAGUGCCUUUUCUUAGGAAACGAGAGUAUUGGAUCAUGGUUUCAUUCUUUAUUCACAUGUUGCCUCACACUGAGUAAUGGAAUCAUUUCUGUGUAGAAUUAUUGUCUCUGCUUUUGCCUUCUCUGUAUCUAUACACAAUUCCUACUUUCACUUUGGUGAAAUAUUAAAAAAUGCGAGUGCAGUGUGUUUAUUUAAGGAUUUAUGUAUUAAGACUUAAAAUCACAUUUUAUGAAGAUUGCUGGUAUAUUUGCAGCAGAAAAUGCAGAAUGACUCAGAGAAAUGGAGCCAGGAACCUAGUUCCAGAGAGGAAGGGGAGAGAAGAAAAGAUGCCUGAGUAAUGUCUUACACAUAGGGAGCAGAGAGGGAAUCAGAGGUAGGUUAAUUCCCUGAAGAUAGCCUUAUGCACCUAAUCCUUGCCUCUGAAGAGUGAGCCAACAUAGAAAACACAGAGAAUAAUUGAAGCCUCUGGUUCUGGCAAAGAGAAAUCCAGCAGUCUAGUUUAUAACUGCUUUACUGAGCACUCUUUUCUUGUGUUCACCUGUUCUCUAUCACUUACCUACUUACUUUCUACAGCAUCCAGCCCCUCCAACUCCUUGCCCCCCCUAACUAUUCACAAACUCUUUCACUUAUAUUUUCACUUCCUAAUUCUAGUAUUUAUAUCUCUAUAUAUAUUGGUAUCUGUGGGCAUACAUCUGUUUCUUCUAAACACCUGCAUUUGUGUGUGUCUAAGCAUACAUGGGAAUUUUUCUGAAUUUCAGUAGUUUUGAUGUGUGUGUGUACACAUUUGACUGAAUGAGUAAGUAUGUAAAUACGAGUGUUGUGUGAGGGAUGUGUGUGACUGUGGCAUCAGGCUGACAAAGAAUAAUGUAGUAAUAUCUUAAGUCCUAUUUUCUGGUCCCAUGUAUAGGUAGCCUUGCUUGGAGAAUGUUUCUCCACAAUUUUUCUUCUCCUGAUUUGAGGGCAAAGACUUUGCUAAUUUCCCUAUUGUACCCAGACAGCUUCUUACUUCAUUCCCCUCCUUCCUCUCAGAUUUUGCUGGUUUCUCUCCAAGAAUGGGAAUGGGGAGGGUGAGGAUGGAGGAGGAGUCUGUAAGCGGUUUGCACAGAACCAAUGACAAUCUUAUGAAUACAUAUGAAUAAAUGGGCAUAGUAGAGUGGUAGAAAACAAAUGGUGGAAAAAAAGAGGAUGGCCAACCUUUUCAAUACUUCUUUUAGAGCAAAUGAAAACACACAGUAAGUAGUUUUCUGAUUACAUGGUUUUCUAGUCAAUUUUAAAGAAAAUUUACAACCUCUCUGAAACUGUUUGUCUUUUCACUGGCUGAAAGUGUAUCCCAGUCACAGGGAGUACAUCUGGAGUACCACAGGUAAAAGCCACCAUUCCCUCUUACACUACUUUGCCUGAACUGACACUGAUGGCUGCCCUUCUGGGUUUAGUAAAUUGUCUAAUACUAUGAUCCCCAUACAGUGAUAUCUAAUCUUUAAAGCAACUUUUAAAAAAAUGUAUUUGUAUUGUGUUUAUUUUAAGUGUGUGAUACUAACUAAAGAUGUGUUAGACUUUUGAUAAAAGCUCUUAUGUUUUGAAAAUAGAAUAAAGAAUUAAAAUUUCCAAUUAAGUUUAUGUCUGGUGACAAUGUGCAAAACUUUAUAUGUGUUUUUGUAGUUGGAAUUUAUAUCAUAGCUUUAUUUAACAUAUUCUUUAAUUAUACAAUAUAGUCAAAGCUCAUUAAUUGAGUCAAAG